AUGGCUGGUUUCAAAUACUAUCACUAUGAUCCCUCGUUUGCAGCAGCUGUCAUUUUCGCAUUACUCUUUUGCGUAGCAACUUUCCGACACUCGCAGCUUCUUUUCAAGAAUAAAACUUGGUAUUUUAUUCCAUUCUUGAUAGGGUGCAUCUUUGAAGCUGCUGGAUAUGUAGCUCGUGCCAUGUCGGUCCGGCAAACGCCCGACUGGACUUUGAUGCCGUACAUUAUACAGAGUCUACUGACACUGCUCGGGCCGACGUUUUUCGCCGCCUCGAUAUACAUGAUUCUCGGUCGGCUGAUUCAGUUUCUCGAAGCCGACACGUAUUCCAUGAUUCGGACUCGCUGGCUCACGAAGUUCUUUCUAUUGGGGGACAUCUUCUCCUUCUUCGGCCAAGGUGGUGGCGGCGGUAUCCUCGCCACGGCAAAGACGGAAUCGUCACAAAGUCUCGGAAACAAGGUCAUUUUGCUCGGACUGGCCAUCCAAGUUAUCUUUUUCGGACUCUUCAUUGUCGUCACCGUCGUGUUCCACCGUCGCGUUCACCGUGCACCCACCCCAAAAUCUCUCACUACUUCGGCGCCGUGGCACAAGCUCCUGUGGGUGCUCUAUGGCACCAGCGUGCUCAUCAUGGUUCGGUCCGUGUUUCGCAUGAUUGAGUAUGCCCAGGGCAAUGAUGGCGCAUUGUUGCAAAAGGAGGCGUAUUCUUACGUUUUGGAUGCUCUCCUCAUGAUCAUUGUUACCGGAUGCUUUGCCUGGUUUCAUCCCAGCAAUGUACUAAAGAGGGAGACUGUUGUGUCUGAAGAUGAGAUUUUGCAUGGAAGUGGAGAGACAUUUGUCAUGGGAAAGGGAAAUGGUUUUACAAGGAUGUAG